AUGGCUCCUUCAGCUAUCUCUACCAGCCCGCCGCCCUCGGCCAACGGCGAAGCCUCCAUCGCCAGCUACCGCGGCUACGACCAUGUUCAUUGGUAUGUCGGCAACGCCAAGCAGGCGGCCACUUACUACAUCACCCGUAUGGGUUUCAAGCGCAUCGCCUACCGUGGCCUUGAGACUGGAAGCCGCAGCCUCUGCUCUCACGUCAUUCGCAAUGGCGAUAUCACCUUCAUUCUGACCUCGCCUCUUCGCUCCCUGAACCAGCUCGACCGUUUCAGCCCUGAGGAGCAAGCACAGCUGCACGAUAUUCAUGCCCACCUUGAGCAGCACGGCGACGCCGUGAAGGAUGUCUCAUUCGAAGUGGAUGACGUCGAUGCGGUUUACUUCGCUGCCGUGAAGAACGGCGCCAAGGCUGUCUCCAAGCCUCGCAUUCUCGAGGAUGAAGGUGGAAAGGUCAAAGUCGCUACUAUUCAGACUUACGGUGAGACGACACAUACCCUCAUUGAGCGAGGCCAGUACCACGGUGCAUUCUUGCCUGGAUACCGUCUCGAGGCGGGGCACGAGGAUCCUGUGUCCAAGUUCUUGCCUAGUGUUCAACUCAAGCGGAUUGAUCACUGCGUUGGCAAUCAGGAUUGGAAUGAUAUGGAUAAAAUUUGCGAAUACUACGAGAAGGCCCUUGGGUUCCACCGUUUCUGGUCUGUUGACGACAGUCAAAUUUGCACUGAAUUCUCUGCUCUGAAGAGUAUCGUCAUGGCCUCGCCCAACGAAGUAGUCAAAAUGCCCAUCAACGAGCCCGCCAAGGGCAAAAAGCAGUCCCAGAUUGAGGAAUACGUGGACUUCUACGACGGCGCCGGUGUGCAGCAUAUUGCGCUGCUGACGGACGAUAUCAUCAGCGCCAUUACCAACUUGAAGGCGCGCGGAGUGGAGUUCAUCAAGGUUCCAGAGACAUAUUACACGGACAUGCGGACGCGUCUGAAGCAGUCUGGACUGGUCCUUGAGGAGGACUUUGAGACUAUUCGCAGCUUGGAUAUCUUGAUUGACUUUGAUGAGGGUGGAUACCUUCUCCAGCUUUUCACCAAGCACCUGAUGGAUCGCCCCACCGUUUUUAUUGAGAUCAUUCAGCGACACAACUUCUCCGGCUUUGGUGCUGGGAAUUUCAAGUCGCUCUUCGAGGCCAUUGAGCGCGAGCAGGAGCUGCGUGGAAAUCUGGUUUGA